CACAUCGAACGGUUACCACUCCUGAAAUUCAAACCGUGCGAACAAUACAUCACUACACCCUGUCGUAUAUAAGUAGGGCUACACACGCAUAUCUCCACCUACCUCUGCUCCGCCGUUUCCCUUCUUACACCACAUUUCUACAACCAUAAUGGCGGCGGCAACAACCACAACAACCUUCUCCACCUUAGCCCCCACCACCUCCUCUUCAACCACCACCGCAUCUCUCAAGGCCGCUCCCAAAACCCUAGGGUUUAACGUCGGACUUUUAUCCUCCAAAACUGCAUCCAAAACCCUCAGAGCUCGCUCCAAUGGCGGAUCUGGAUCUGCUCUCGGAGCUCGUAUGGUUUCAGCUCCAGCAAUAACCAAACCUACGCUUCUUGAUUUUGAAACCUCCGUGUUUAAGAAGGAGAAGAUUAACCUUGCUGGUCAUGAUGAGUAUAUUGUGAGAGGAGGAAGAGAUUUGUUCCAUUUGUUGCCUGAUGCAUUUAAAGGUAUCAAGCAGAUUGGUGUUAUUGGUUGGGGCUCUCAGGGUCCUGCUCAAGCUCAAAAUCUUAGGGAUUCACUUGUAGAGGCAAAGUCUGAUAUUGUAGUGAAGAUUGGCUUACGAAAGGGUUCGAGUUCGUUUAACGAGGCUCGUGCUGCUGGAUUUACUGAAGAAAGUGGAACCCUUGGAGAUAUUUAUGAGACCAUCUCUGGCAGUGACCUGGUUCUGUUAUUGAUUUCUGAUUCAGCUCAGGCGGAUAACUAUGAGAAAAUCUUUUCACACAUGAAGCCAAACAGCAUACUCGGACUGUCCCACGGGUUCCUUCUCGGUCACCUGCAAUCAGCUGGUCUUGAUUUCCCGAAAAACAUUAGUGUGGUUGCUGUGUGUCCCAAAGGAAUGGGUCCAUCUGUCAGGAGGCUGUAUGUUCAGGGAAAAGAAAUAAACGGAGCUGGAAUCAAUGCAAGUUUUGCCGUUCAUCAGGAUGUUGAUGGAAGAGCCACUGAUGUUGCUCUUGGAUGGUCGGUUGCUCUUGGUUCACCCUUUACAUUUGCCACCACACUUGAGCAGGAAUACAGGAGUGAUAUCUUUGGGGAGCGAGGUAUUUUACUUGGUGCGGUGCAUGGUAUUGUGGAGUCUUUGUUUAGAAGGUAUACAGAAGGCGGGAUGAGCGAAGAAUUGGCGUACAAAAAUACCGUAGAGUGCAUAACUGGCAUAAUAUCGAAGACAAUAUCGACUCAGGGCAUGAAGGCUGUAUACGAUUCUUUAACAGAAGAAGGCAAAAAAGAGUUCUUGACCGCAUACAGUGCGUCUUAUUAUCCUUGUAUGGACAUUCUGUAUGAGUGCUAUGAGGAUGUACAAAGCGGCAGUGAGAUACGAAGUGUUGUUUUGGCUGGGCGUCGAUUUUAUGAAAAGGAGGGUUUGCCAGCUUUCCCUAUGGGAAAGAUUGAUCAGACCCGGAUGUGGAAGGUAGGUGAACGGGUUCGUGCUACCCGACCCGCAGGCGAUUUAGGCCCGUUAUAUCCUUUCACCGCUGGUGUCUAUGUUGCACUAAUGAUGGCUCAGAUUGAGGUGUUGAGGAAGAAAGGACAUUCUUAUUCCGAGAUCAUCAACGAAAGUUUGAUCGAGUCAGUGGAUUCCUUGAACCCGUUCAUGCAUGCUCGAGGAGUGUCGUUUAUGGUUGACAACUGCUCAACAACCGCACGGUUGGGAUCAAGGAAAUGGGCACCACGUUUCGAUUACAUUGUUACCCAACAAGCUUUAGUUGCUGUAGACAACGGGACCCCGCUAAACCAGGACCUCAUUAGCAACUUCUUUGAAGACCCGGUGCAUGAAGCUGUCAAGGUUUGUGCAGAGCUGAGACCCACGGUUGACAUCUCGGUGCCUGCUGAUGCUGAUUUUGUCCGACCUGAGUUGCGUCAAUCUAGCAACUAGAGAUGGUGGUGGUUCAUAUGCAGGUUUGGUUCUAUGAUAGUUUAAGAUCAGUGCAGACACUAUGUCUGCUUUGCUAGAGUGUUAUGCAAAAUGUUUGUUAUGGAUGUUGUGAUCGGAUUUUUGGUGAUUUUGAAUAAUGAAAGUUAUUAGGCCUUGCGGUCAUUAUGUAUGAA